ACGAACAUCAAGGUCCAAAAAUAUCUUGUGAAAAAAAAUGGCGACUGCGUUUUCCAACACAAGUCCAAGCUCCAACCUUUACCUUCAUCGCUUCCGUCAAAGCCUCUCUCUUCCAUCUCAGUCGUGCUUCUCACCGUCUCCGUUGUCUCGGCUUCAUCCUCAGACCCAGACCCUUUUCUUCGUCGCUACUCCCGUCCGCGUAAGACGCAUCGCCGUCGCUCCUCUCGGCCCUCCAACGCCGCCUAGUCCCGACCCACCUCCGCCUAAAAACACGACCGAGCCCACAAGUCUUAUGGGAGUAGCGUCGAUGAUACAAGAUCGUGUAAAGAUCUUUACUGCAGUACUAAUUUGGAUCUCACUCUUCUUCUGGGCUUCAGCAUUACAAGGAAGAGAUAGAGGAAAUGGUAAAGGGAAGAAGGGUUCGAGAUUCAAGUAGUAUUAGAUAGUUUGGUGUGGUGAUGAUUGAUGAUUAAUGAAGACUCACUACACUACACAUGUGUGUGUGUAUAUAUAUAUACUACCAAGUAUGAUUCUUUCUUGUAACAAACAUUACAGUUUAUACUAGAAACUAGAUUUUGCUCUUCUUC